GGUUUCCCCAUGUUGGUCAGGCUGGUCUCAAACUCCUGACUCCGGUGAUCCACUCUCUUCAUUUUCCCAAAGUGCUCAGCUUACAGGUGUGAGUCACCACACCCAGCCAUUCACUUAGUUUUUCAAGUUACAUCCAUUACAUAGGAUCAUGUAGGGUGGGGUCAGGUUAAAGAAGAGAGAUAGCCUCACCAUCAAAACGACAAUGACAUCUUGGUGUAUGUUCCAAGUUACAGAAUUUGAAAAGUUGCUAUUUCUUCUUCACUCCUCCUCAGCCACACUCAAAAUGCUGUCAUAAAUUCAUGCUGCUUUUUGAUGGUGGAAUCAAAAGCCUGUGUGUGUGUGUGUGUGUUUUCAGGCUGGUGUGCUAUUUAAUCCUUAUAAAACAAGAUUGUCUCAUGUUUUUAUUACUUAUUUUACUCAAAUUGUCAUUACAGAUACUUAUUAAGGAAACAUUUAGACCAAUCCUGGGGUGAUUAGAGAACAGGAUUGGCAUAAAGAAUGUAACUUUUACUCUGGUUGGCCUCUUACUACUAAAGGGUUUCAGUGAUUUGACAACUCCAGUAAUAUCUCUGUAUCUCACCAUCUGGCAGCAUUUCACAGUGCCUGUUUGAUGAGUAAGAGGUGCUACAAGAUCAUUACGAGGAAAUUUCAGCACCAACAAACAGUUUCAACAAUUGUUUAUGACCAUGGUAGUGCUGCAAACAGACACAUACACUGAAAUGCGUUGCUUUGUUUUAGAAACACAGGUACUUCCUGCUGUAGUUUUUAAUUGUUUCAGUAAUGCAUGUAUGUCUAGCUGCACUCUUUUUAAUUCAUUCAACAUCUAGCAUUUAGUGACCCUGUCUGAUCUGAACAAUGCUUCUCUUCCAGGGACUAAUACAAUUGUUUUAGAUUAUUGUUUCUUCCCUGCAGCUUCCAAAAUAAUCAAUAACAAAUUACCUAUUUCAUUUAGGAAACAGAUAUUUGCUCCCUUGGAAUCCAAAUUAUAUUUAGAUGUUUUUAUUUUUGCUGUAUUCCAUAAGAUCCCUGACCGAAUAGAUGGUCAGAGAAGGUUAUAACUUAUGUGGUUCUAACUCCCAUGUCUCCAGAGAAGAACAUUCUGCCAUCCUAAAUUCUGCAGCUAGUGAGACUGGCAGAUACUUAUUUUUAAUGCUAGAGACUCCUUUCUCCCACCUCGAAGAGUUGGCAGCUCUGGUUAGGGAAUGAUGCCAGAUCUAAGCAAAGUUGACUUAAAGUACAGGUAAUCUGGGAGACUAGUGGUGCUAUGAAUGCACACAGGACUCAACUCCCAGCUGGGUUCAGAUUAAAAGAGUCUGGCUGAGAUCCAGAUGAGAUGAAAUUUACUACUUCAUUUUGGGGAGUCUCGGCUUUCAUUAAUAUACAUCGGUAUAUCUUAUAGAAUUAAAAAUAUUUGAAGCAAGGAAUAAAAAUGAAAAAACAGUGUAUACUGAAGAAAAGCGUAUUCCUGUUCAUUUGGCAUAGAUCAAAUCAGUUGAACUCAGAACUAUAGAAUAAAAUUACAGAUACAGAUGUCAAGAAAGGAAUAUUUGGAGAAAAUAAAAAUGAAAGCAACAAUGAUAAAUUCUGAUACCAUUUGAUAACAUAUAUCAUUUCAUUUCAACAAAACAUACUUCUACAAUGCUAUAGUAACAGCAUUAAAUUAUGUGUUUUCAUUCAAAUGAAGUAAGAGAAGAUUCUUGAUGCUAUGAAUGCUAUCUUCUUAGAGGAAAUCAUAUCAAUAUUUUACCAUAAGCCCCAAUUGUUUAUGUCAUUAGAAUAUUAGGCUGUUUCCUCCUUGACUUCAUUAAGAUUAUUCGUCAUGUCAAGUUUUUGCUUUUCUAUACUAGGAAGUAUGCUGUUUUCCAAAGAGAAUGAAUGUAAGUAACAAAAUUUCAAAUCAUCCAGCUGCCUUAUUUUCCUAUCUGGAAGCACAGGCCACAACCCCAUUAGCAAGACAUAGUAACUAUAGCCUGAUAAAAUUAAUUCCCAAGAAUUACCUUAGAGUUUUAAUCUUUUCCAAAUGGAAGUCAACAAAAUACAACAGUCACAAUAAUAUUCAAUUGAUGAGCGCCAAUACUUUCCUAGCUCUCCAUGUUGUAGAGGGUGCCUUCAUAUAUUUUAUUAGCUUCUUUGGACUUCUCAAACAUUCCUUGAGAUAAGGAGAUAAAGCAUGAUUAAAACAUCUGUUUUCCAGAAGAGGAAUCUAUAUGCCCAAGGACACAUAGUUAACAUGUGACAAAAUCAUCCUCAGGUCUUUCAUUUCAAAUUCCUUGCUCUUUCAACUAUUUCUCAAGAUAAAUGCAAAAGAGAUUAUUUUUCUUUUGGUGUCAUAAGAGAGCCCUGGCCUGGCCUAGGAAUUGGGAGAACAUAGUCCUCAUGUGCCAGAUCAGUGAUUUGUAUAGGCUGUGUGACCUUGUGUUUCCCUACAUCAACUGUAAAAUGAAGGCUCUGAACUAGAUCAUUUUAAGUACUUACAGCUGUAAAAUCCAAUGACUCUAUUUAAAAUAAUGUAGGAAGCUUCAGAAAAAUUGCAUCUAUAAGAAAUUUUAUUGCUGAAAGUUUCCCAGAAUGUAUCCUGCAAACUACAGUGCCACAUGUGUUAAUAUAUAUUAUGGCAUAAAAGAAUCUGUGGGUAAUUGGUUUUGCGAAAUGCAGAGUAAAACAAAAUUAGGCAUAAUUUCUUUAUGGCAGGACUUCUCUAUGACUUCAGCAUUCCAACUGCAGAGUGAAACUAGAGAAAGAGCAUGGAGAGUGCACAGGUCCAGGUAGGGUCCAUGGACAUGAUCAUGGCAAUAAUGGUCCAGGAAAGUGUCUCUGAGAAAAGCCUCAUGUCCAAACUGUCAGCGAUGGUUCUCAAUGGGUAAAUCAUGGCAUCUCCUGAUAUCUCCUCUCUACCAAAUGGACCUUGAGGUGGCUACGGGCUGUAUAUUUAAAGACAUAUCUGGUGGAAUAAAAUUUAAAGAAGUUUCUUAAUAAAUAUAAUUGCAAACUAAACUUUUAGACUGCCUUAAUUCAUAAUCACCUCAACUGCCAAGAUUAUUUAGCAAUAUUGAAGAGAUCGUUUCAUUCUUCUUUACCUAUAGCAGUGCUGGAUAAAAGGAUUUCUGGAAUUUCUUAGAAUUUCAUAUUAAGAAUACCCGAGUAUCUUUGCCUUAGUAUGCUUGUUGAUGUUGAUAAUAUGAUACAAAACUAUUCGAGGAAGGUUCCCAAGAUUCAUGUUUCGAUUAAUCGCCACAACAUGUACAGCAGCGCUUGCCUUCAAGAUCAUUGGGGGUGUGCAGGGUUGUCAAAUUGGCACGCAGUGUCUACAAUCUGAUAAUUUUUUUCUUAUUACUGUUUUCAGGAUGAGAAUAUGAAGCUGAUCUGAAUGCUUUUGACAUCCAUAGGCCUUGCAAGAUAGUUCUACAAUAACCAUAACAGACAGGUUCUCUAUACACAUAAAUCAUAGGUAGUCCACAAGAAGGGGACUGUUACUUUCAGUUUGAAGAAAGAUUUCUCCUGUUUUAAAACAGUAUGACUAUGUGCCUGCAAGACUUACAAAACAUAUAUACAUGUGCAAAGGCUCCAUUCUUGAUAUAUAAUUUUAACAACUUUGUCUUAUUUGUUUGUUUAUUUUCAUGUUGGUGGUGAAUUACAUGAAAUUGACUUCCAUUUAUUUUUUCAGUAAACAGCUAGUUUUACAAACUACAUUUGCUCCCUGAGUUAGUUAUUCUUAUUUUUAUUUCAAAAACUGGGGUGGAGAAAGAAUUGGAAAGAAGACCUACUACCAUUCUUGAGAACUAUUACUAAUUUCGAGAUGCACAUCUCAAUUUACUCCAGAAGCAAUGGUUCAUCCAGAGGUACCUUGGAAUCAGUGAUACAUUUAAUUAGACCCUAUAUCUUUUUGAGAAAAGCAAGGCCUGAUAUGAAGGCUCAGUGUGUGUAUAUUUUUGUGGAAAACGGAAAGAAAUAGGAAAAGAAAUUUUCUUUGCUUUCAUAAAGUGAUGUUUAUAUGAAAUUAUAUUAGUUAAGUGCCUUAAUCACAAACAGAAAGGAUUGGAUGGCAAGUCAUCCACUUAUUCUCUGUGUUUUUGCGUUUUUAUAUUUCUUCUAAAAAUAUACAUAUUGCCUGAUUUCUCCCAGGUUGUGAGGCUGAAUAAGGCAGAUAGUUCCCCAGUUUCAUGAAACUUUCAAUGGAGUGUUUGUGUUUGGGAGGAUAGGAGGAGCAGGAAAUAAGAAGCAGAAAUAGCCUGUGGAGUGUUCCUGAGUGUUUGGCGGAGAAUAUUUAAAUGUCAUGCAAAAAGAAAAGUGACUUAAAUUUGUCCAGGGAAGCCUACUCUGAGGAGUGAAUUUUAUACUGAGAUGUAAUUGACAGAGCAAAACCAACCAUACCAGGAUUAGGAGAAGAGUUAACAGAAGAGUAGAGGUACCCAGGUAGGAGUGAGCCCACAGGUUAGGGGAACGGAGAGAAGGGAGCCCUGAGUCCUGAUCAUGCAGGAUAUUGUAAAGCCAAAGAGAUAAAUUUUACUUAAAUUCAGGUUACAAUGGAAAGCCACCAGCAUAUUUUAAGCAAGAUUAAAUGGCAUGCUUUCUUUGGUUUUGAAGAGAUAUUCUGGCUACUAUGUGCAGAAAGGAACCAUAGACAGAGGAAAGCAGCUCAGAGACUGGAGGUGGGCUUGUCUCAUUGACCAUGGCCAGAGGCUAACAAUUUGCAGCAGGAAGUGCUGGUGAGAAAAAAUUGAUGUAUUUUAGGCUUUGAUUCCAUGUUUUAAUAAUGAGGUGUGGGAAGGCAAAAUCAUUGCAUCUCACUCAAUUCAAAGAGAAGAGCCACCAGUCUGAGAGGGAAGGUGGGUGGGAAGUGGAGAGCUUAGAGAAGUGUCUGCAAGAUGAAGUAAGGAUGAAUGACAAGUCUUCUCAGCAAGCUGAAGCAGACUCAAUAGAUAAAAAUGGGCAUACGACUGCAAAGCAUGUUUAACUUCUUGUGCUAGACCCAUAAAUGAUUUAGACAGAUUUUUUUUUCAGAAAUUAAAAAAAGAUCAGUCAAAGCAAUUAAGAAAAUGUAGGGACUGUGCUUUUAUUCAUUUCCACUUUGAACGCAGUGCUAUGUUUGAAACUAGGAAGGAUAUGAAAGGUUGUUUUGAGAGUGCUCCCACUCAAAGACCUGUGCAAGAUCAUCUCCAUCUCUGAGACCUAGCCCAGAGUGCUUACUAGUUAGAUCUCAUCUUUAUAUACUGAAUUCAUUAUUUUUAUCUUUCAAAAUCAGAACAUUUUCAAAAGAAAAGUUAAGUAGGAAAACAGAGCAGAACAACAGAAACAUCUGAGGGUAAGAGGAUAGGCAUGUGGCCUGGGCAAGGAUCCCCGAGGGGGAAGAUGCCGAUGAAGAUCCUAUUAGUGUUCACUUAUCUUUCCUCAAAGGAAGACAAAAAAUAAAGACCAGAUGCCCUUUUCAUCCUAUCUUACAUUCAUUCCUCUUUCCCAUUGUCGAUCCUGUCAUAGGCAGAAGAUGGAAAGGGGAAGGCUUCAUUGCAAGGGCUGAUCAAAGAUAAAGUUAGAAGGUCAGAAGACAAGGCAAUGCAUGCAGCCUCUGUAGUGGGGAUGCGGAAUCACGAACACGGCUUGGGCGUUAGACUGUCUUCAGCUGGCUUCCCAAGAAAGCUGCUUAUUAGAUUUGUGACCAGGAUCAGGGGGAAAUCCCUGGAGCCUCAGUUUUCAUAUCUUCAUAAGGGGAAAUGAUAAUAAUAAAGAUGCCUGGAGGAUCAUUUGUGAAUACCUGUAAAAUGCUUCCCACGGGGCCUGUGGCCAACCCACUUCACAAUUGUUCACUCAAUGUAAUGGACGUUGGCAUGUUGAAAUGUAGAUCACUCUUUUCUUCAAAGCCCUUUUGCUCUUUUAUAUGGUAAAGAGAUGCUGGGAUAUGAAAGAGAUUUGAAAUAACUAGUUCCCCAAGUUAGACUAGAAUGAACUGAAAUAGAGAGGGGGUAGAGAGGGAGGGAAGGAGAGAGAGAUUGAGAGAGAGAGAGAGAGAGAGAGAGAGAGAAACAGGAGGAGAGAGAAGAAAGGGGGAAGAGGAGAGGAGAGGAGAGGGAAGAAGAGAACAGGGCUAGAAUGGAAUGAGUUAGUCAGGAGCUAAUUAAUGACCAAAGAGGAAGAAAAGAAAGCAAUGCAAACAAAUGAAAAUGCAGCCAAGGCAGAAACACACUGGAUAGGAAUAUGCUUAACAGAGAAGUAUCUUGCUGCUGUGCAGGCUGCCUCAAUCUAAAAUAGCAUGAGUGCCUUCAUUCAUGGCCACGAUCACUGAAGCGGCUCUGAAGUGGCUUCGUACCUGUAAAAAUGGGCUUGUUUUGAUUUUUUGAACAUAUAGUUAAAAUUGUUGUCUUUAUUGUAAAGGUUCAUGUUUCAUUUAAUAGUCUACCAGAAGUAUGAGGACAUCAUAUAAAAACACUUAAAUUAGAAUGAAAUAGUAAUAAAAAUAAAAAUAAGAAUAGCCAUUUUAUUGAGAGUUUAGCUGAGUGGGGCACUGACUUCUUUCCCUCCAUUAUCUAAUGUUGAACUCCAGGCAGCAGGUUUUAUAUUUAUGUUCACUUUAGAAAUGAGGAAAUGGAUGUUUAAGAAGUUGAGUAACAUCCGAAAUAUCCCCCAGUUAUUAGCUGACUUCGGGACUCAGUCCUGGGUCUUCCUGACCCCAGACUUCAGUGUCCCUAACCACUAUGUUAGGAAGAAAAUAUAGGAGAUAGGGAUGAAUAAAUGUAAUCUUCCUCCACAGAUGGGUAAAAUCACAAGCUUGGGAGAACAGACACCAUAAUGUAGGAAUUCUUCCCUGGACAAGUUGAAAAUAAUUCUAUUUCAGUACAUUAAAAGGCUUCACUCUGUUAAGAUUUUGGAAAAGAAUAAGCGAAUUUGGUAGUGUAAUUAACAGGCGGGGUAGUACUGUCCCUUAUGGCUUGGCAAUGAGCAGGAGGGCAGUUCACAAUGGAGAGACGCAGACGCCUUUGGGGCGGUGCAGCUGUAGCGAAGUGCGCCUGGGACUGAGUGUGUCCCUGGGACUGCAUGUGCCCCGCACCGCCGCCUGCCCUGCGCCAGGAGAACCCAGAGGACGGAUGGGCCCAGACUGUCCUACCACCGUUUCAGCAGGCGCCGGUCUCUCCAGCAGCUCCUAAACAGCUUUUGUAUGUCCUUUAUCCAAAGUGUGUGGCUUAUAGUCAGGUUCUGUGCUUUUGAUGACAAUCCUUUUUUUCGGUCGGGAUCAUUUUCAUCUGUUGCCGCUUCUGUCCAACCUUUGCUCUUCCCCCUGAUCCUUCUCACCCUGUCCCUUCCUGUGCCUGUCUGCACACCGACGUCCUCGGUCCUCGGGCUCCCUCAUUCUCCGGGGUUCUUGGCUUGGUCUGACUGGGGACUUCUCACACCUAGCUUGUCGUGGCGCUCCAGGGCUAUUGCAUCUUGGUUAAAAGGCCUGUCUCUGCAGACUGAAGGUUUUCUGCGGUCAGGAUCAGGCCUGUUCGGUGUCUCCCUGACCGCCCUUGGAGUCUGCUCAAGGUAUAUUGGCUGGAAUGUUCUGAGAGACCGGCAGCCCAGGAGUGCUGAGUCGCUUAUGUGUCCGCUGUUUACACUGUGCAUGCGUGUGUGUGCAGGGAAACAGCCAGGCAGAUGCACAUGGUUAUUUAUAUCUUCAGAUUAUUUCUGUGAGGAAAAUUCUAUCCUGGUGAAAGAGCUUGCUGUUGAGAAACAGUAACUGUACCCAUGUAGACACCACAGUAUUCACUCAAUGUAUUUGACAGGCACACUCAUGUUGUCAGGGUAAAAGGAGGCAGCAGCCUCUUUGAAACGCAGGGACAGAGCAAGUGACAAGGAAAAAACACACAGCAGGUAUGUCCAAAUUGUUGUGCAACCAAUUUUCAGAACUCUUUGAUCUUGCAAAACUGAGACAGCCUAUUACACAGCAACUCCCUAUUCCCAGGUCUCCCCCAGCGCCUGACAGCCACCAUUCUACUUUCUUUCUCUAUGAAUUGCAUUACUCUGGAUACCUCUUCCAGUUUUUAUUACAGGCCUGCUUGAUGUUGUAAAGAAAUCAAAUGUUUGGCCCAGUAGCCAUCCUCCUCUCUGCUUGCUCCAUCAACUGAAAUUUAACUGGUAGCUUCAGUUCUAGAAGACAGAGCCCUGAGCGCUCCUGACUUGCACAUGCGCUUGUAUGUACACAAAAUGCCCUGCUCCCUAGUGUCUGCCUGCAAGAAUUCCUCCAUAUCCCUGCCCCAGGGCUUCCUGCUUUACUUUCUCUUCACAUCCCUUCCUGUAGACUCGU